AGUCACUCUUGAAAUUGUGACACGCUUUUCAAUCUGACGACACCAAAAAGUGAACGAAGCUUCUUAUUUUAAAAUGCAGGUGUGUCAUAAGGAACAUUAGUGUAGUUUUGUAGGGGAUAAUUAUGGCCGUAGCAAGUCCACUGACCUGCUACCCUAUCCGACUGCGACCCAAACAAGACAUACAGCAGUCCAUGCUGGACUUUGUGAAGAGGAAUGGACUUCAGGCUGCCUUUGUGAUGACUUGUUGUGGUAGUGUUACCAAGGCCAAGCUGAGGAUGGCAGAUUCUACCACGAUCAAGGAGCUGACUGGUCAUUUUGAGAUUGUCUCCCUUGUUGGCACACUCUCUGGUGGGGAAAGCGGACAUCUUCAUAUAUCAUUGAGUGACCCUGAAGGUCAUGUGAUCGGAGGUCAUGUUGUUGGUGACCUCAUUGUUUACACAACUGCUGAGGUAGUAAUUGGUGAUUGCACAGGGGCAAAGUUCCAACGAGAAGAUGAUCUUGAGACCGGCUAUGAUGAACUUGUAAUUUAUAGAAAAUAAACAGGUUACUACAUCACACUCACAGUAAUAGCUGAUGGAGAAUACACAGAUAUUUUAAUUUGGUCACAUAAGUCAUCACAAAGAUACACGACAAUGGCAUUAACCAAGCUUUUAGUUAAUCCAGAGAAAAUUCACCAUGGCACAAAAUUGCAGUAAACAGUGUUGUGGCUGUAUAUUGUACUAUAUGAAAGUGUUUCUGAUUUACAGAGUGUAUUUUGUGAUAUAUGUGAUACUUGCUUGCAAGACAUUUGUCCUGGUUAAGGUGAAAUACACGAAGAGAGAUUUUAUCUAUUAUACUAUGUGGGAAUAUGGCUCGGGACAAUUGGCAAUCCAACUGUGUUUGAUUCAUGUCAUCCCAAAUCCACUACCUGUUAAUUCAUGUUUCAUUGUACCAAUCCAAUAGUGAAUGGUUACCUGAAAUACACAAAUGACACCAACUGCAUGGCCAAGACUGUUUUGAACCUUUGAGCAUAGCUCUCUUUAAGCUGCCAAGAGAACAUAUGUACAAGAGUACUUUCAGGGUACAGUACUACUUCACUGUAAUGUAAUAAAAUUAUGGAAUUUACAUAGACGGUUUGCUGAUAAUAAUGAACAGAGAAACCAUUCUUCACAUAUUAAGCCAAAACUUGUGCAAUAUUUUUGUAAUAGAUGGUUUGCUGGUGUGAAAUAUUAGAUGGUGAAAGUGGUCUUCACAUAUUAAGCUGAAACUUAAUGUUUUUAAGCCCAGGGCCCCGUUCCAAAGCGAUCUUAGCUCUAAGAUGAUCGUAAGUCCCAUACUUUAACAUAGAUUUACUUUCAUCGUAGCGCUAAGAUUGCUUUGAGGAACGGGGCCCUGGUCCCUGUUCCACAAAGUGAUUGUACCGCUACAACCGUUGUAAGUCUAUGUUAAAGUAUUAGAGUUACAAACAUCUCAUCAUUACGAUCGCUUUGUGGAAUGGGGCUCUGGGUUUGAUUGCAGAUUUUGUCUAUUUUAAUUAAGUAACAUUUUAUCCAGUUUUAAGCUCAGGGCUUACAAACUAGAAAGCAAAGAAACAUGAUACGAAGACUGAAUAUCCCAAUUUAGAAUUUUGAGUUAAGAACAGGUUCAAAUUUAAAAUGACCGCUGUCAAAAAUGUAACUACAAACUGAUAGCAGUUUACGAGUGUCUCAUAUGCAUUUAAGCUAUCAACAUCAACUGUGUUAGGCGUUCAAUGUGUCUUCUAAUUAUGGAAACCUCGAACAGCGCUUAAGGUGCAAUAUUGGUGCAAAUUGGCCACAUAGAAGUGUGAUGCAACACUUGUUGAACAACAUCCAGUGAGGGAGAUCACUCAAUUUUCCUUAUUUUUUUAAGCCCAUGGGAUUAAAAACAAUUUAUUUUGCCGGGUCAAUAAGGGUCGGAUGAGGGGUAGGCCUUAAAAAUGAGCAAUCCCUGUACAUGUGCAAUAUUUAUGUAAUAGAUUAUUUGCUGAAAUAAUGGACAUAAAAACUGGUCUUCACAUGGUAAUCCAAUACUUGUGCAAUAUUUUUGUGGCUGGUAUUUGCUGGUCAAGUACAUGUAUCAACUACAUUUAUGAAGUUAAAGCCUCAGGAACACUUGGACUUUACACAUUUUGUUGCUGCUGAACUGUUUACAUCCAUAUUGAAGUACCACAGCAGAGAUGUGUGCUGUACUAUUAUUAACAAAACAGGUGCAUCCAUAGCUAUGUACCAUUUAAAGAUGGCAAACUCUGGUCCAGAUACAGGAUAUUCUGUGUAGUAUAAAUCAUGCCUCCCUGUUGCAAUUCCAAGAUAGAACAGGUCCCGAGCAACCUUUGUUUGUCGUAAGAGGCGUCUAUAUGAAUAGGGGGGGGGGGGCACAGGUGGCCCAGUCGUCUAAGGCGCUGCGAUUCGCUGUGCAGAAUUGCGUCCCUUGUGCACGCCAGAAACCUA